AUGGAGAAGCAGAGGAGAAUGAAGGGGAACAGAUCCAGUCCUAGCCGCCGCCACCUACCUCAUGCCGAUCCCGCCGCCCACGCCCGCGCGCCACCACCCGCUCCGCUCCUCCUCGCCUCCCGAGGACGCCCGCCGCUCUUCCUCCGCCCGUCGACCCACCCCGUCCCGGAGGUCUCAGUCGCCGCCUUCCUCCGCAGGGCCGCUGCGCCCAUCCCGCCCUCGGCGCCGCACCUCCACCACCAUCUCCGUUGGCUCCUCGCCGACGCCUCUGCCCCGUCCCCGUCCGGAAGCGAUCUGGUGGCACCUUACCUCCUCCGCGGGCUGCUCGGGAACGAGCACUGGAAGGACCUGGUGGUCGCCGUCCGGGACGGUGUUCUCAUCCCAGGGCCAGAGACGGAGGCCGUCGUGGACAUGGUCGCCACCACCGACUGCGAGCAGGCGUCCUGGUCCUAUCUCUCAUCGUCCUCGGCAUUUGAUUGAGAUCAACGAGGCAUGGAAGAUCAGGCCGGCCGUGGACCACACCGUCCUCCCCAAGGGCAAGGCUCAAGCCAAGGGUGUCCACGAGCAUGGUGCGCCACGGGGAACUCCCCUUCCACCGACGGAGCUCCUCCUCCUCUCUGUUCCGCGUCGUUCCUUGCCGUGUGAUUGAAUUGAAUCUGAUCCCCU